GAUCGGCGUUGUGUAGUCAGAGGAUAAACAAAGAUGGCGGAGACCGAGGCAGCAGUGGUGAAGCGCCUCGGUGCCUUGUUGAACGGAAUCGCCCAGAACAUGUUCUUUAAACAGGUUGACAUUACAGCAGAGCUCCUGAAGGAGCAGCUGUACUCGGAGCUGCCGUUAGGCGAGUUCACGGCGCUGCACGACAAAAUGAAGGGACUGCUUAAGUCGGUGGCCUCAGCGGACAUGGAUGGAGCCCAGUUGGAGGCAUUCCUCUCAGCCCAGAGCAGGAAGCAGGGCGGUGGGGGGGGCGUGACUGCGGAACAGGCUGCCGCCCUCUCUCGGUUCUGGAAGUCUGGGCGUGGCCGCGUGCGAGAGGUCCUGGUUGCUCAGAGCUGCUGGGAACCCGCCCUCAGGGGCGUGUCUUGGAGGGUGGACCUCCAAUCUGCCUCCAGUCGCUGUGUUGACGGCAGAGAUGAUAACCAGAGUGGGCCGGUCGCCCUGGUGGAGCUUGAAGUGGGUCGGAUCGGACAGGACUCAGAGUUUGUGUGUUUAGAGUUUGAUGAAGCCGGCGUGGAGCGGAUACUGAAGAAGAUGUCCAGCAUCCAGGAGAGCAUAGACAUGAUGGCUGAGCAGAGCUGAGUAGACGCCGUCUGUUCUCCAACACUAUGUUUUCAUUUUUUUUAUCUGAGAACAACGCAGCAUCGGACACAAAAACCUGCGGAGAAGAAAGAUCUGGACUUGCCUGGUAAUCUGGAAAUUGCCUGCUGAGGCUGAUUAAAUGACAGUUUUUGUUUUUUGCUGAGGAAACCCUGAAGUACAUAUACAUGUGUACCCUAAAAUGGACACAUUCUUGGAAUCAGUUCACUGAUAUAGCAAAAUGAUAUGCAGACUAUUCCAGGAAGAAAAUACAUUGGAAUCAUCUAUGGACUUUUAUUAUUGACAUGACCAAAAUAAAAGGCUGAACAUA